AUGCAGCGAAGCGAACAGGGACCGCCGUUGCUGACCGAGUCUUCGCGGACUCGGCUGACGCUGACCUCAUCGGGGGCGACUGUGCUCGGGUCCAUUGGCACCAAAGGCAUGGUGGCCGCUGUCUUCGCCCUGGCCGCUCUGGUCGCCCUGGCGUACCUGGUGCUCGGACAGCAUGGCUCUCGUGGAGACGGCCACCUGAGGAGUGGUAAAGCCGCCGCUAGCCUACAAGCAACUGACGUGGCGAACAACACGGAAGACGUGGUCACUGACGAAGAAGAGCUGCGUCAAGGAACCGAGACGGACACUCCCGACAGUGACUGGAUUCCGGCCGAAGAAGAGGCCAGGAAGUUGGUCGCGGGUCCCGCACAGGCUCCAGCUUCAAGAAAAGGCCGUCGUGCAGCGUCCCACCACAGCGUAGGAGCCGGCCGCAACCAUCGUUUUGUGGCGGCAAAGUCGGCUAGGCACGCCGCUCCAAGCUCUGGACUUCCUGCUUGGCCCCGUUCUGCGACUCGUCGCCCAACACUCUCGACGCCGAUGUAGCACGUGUGUGACUGUUGUACUUGCGCCUGUGGGCGCUUUGUAGUAUCUAUGAACCAUCCAGAUGGUCUCGUUUGCUAAUGCGACUUUAUUAUUUGGACGAACGCCAUUGUUGCACAAGCCCCCAGGCUUGCAUAAUGAACAUUUACUUGCGGUGGUUGCCCCAGAGCUGGUCAAAUGAGAUACUACACUCGACUCGAGUAUUUAUUUUAUUUUGCAAGCUCGAUUAUCUGAACAGCAGUUAAGCGACCUUUCUCUUCUUUACGCUUACAAUCUCAUAGUUCGUCUUGAGACGUCCUCCUUGCAUUUCUCUAAACAAUUUGGCAGCUCAAGUGCCUCUAGUACAACCACUGGAAAGCACUUAAGUUUACUAAAAACUCUUUCGAGCGAUCUUUCUACACGUCUUUGUAUACGUUUGAAAUAGGCAUUAUAUGUGAUGUGAUUAUACGGGGAAGCUUUGCUGUAUUCCUGCCUUACACAAGUAGAACUAAAAGGUGCUUGUUUGUAGCUUGACAAGGUUCUUGCGCCUAUUCAGGACAACGAAGAGAAAAUA